AUGGAUUUAGAAACUGAAGCUGAAAAAAAUAUUGAAAUUUGGAAAGUCAAGAAGUUAAUCCAAGGUUUACAAAAAGCCAGAGGUAAUGGUACAUCCAUGAUUUCAUUAGUUAUUCCACCAAAGGGUCAAAUUUCUAUAAUUCAAAAAAUGUUGACUGAUGAAUAUGGUACUGCUUCAAAUAUUAAAUCAAGAGUUAAUCGUCUAUCUGUUUUAAGUGCUAUUACAUCUACUCAACAAAAAUUAAAGUUAUAUACCAAAGUUCCACCAAAUGGGUUAGUUCUUUAUUGUGGUGAUAUGAUUACCGAUGAAGGUAAGGAAAAGAAAGUUACAUAUGAUAUCGAACCAUACAAACCAAUUAACACUUCCUUAUAUAUGUGUGAUAAUAAGUUUCAUACUGAAGUCUUGUCUGAAUUAUUAGAAGCUGAUGAUAAGUUUGGUUUUAUUGUUAUGGAUGGUCAAGGUACAUUAUUUGGUUUAUUAUCAGGUAAUACUAGAACAGUUCUACAUAAAUUCACUGUGGAUUUACCAAAGAAGCAUGGUAGAGGUGGUCAAUCUGCCGUUCGUUUUGCUCGUUUAAGAGAAGAAAAAAGACAUAAUUAUGUUAGAAAAGUUGCUGAAGUUGCAGUGCAAAAUUUCAUUGCUAAUGAUAAAGUAACCGUUAAAGGUUUAAUUUUGGCUGGUUCUGCUGAUUUCAAAACCGAUUUAAACAAAUCUGAAUUAUUCGAUCAAAGAUUACAAUCCAGAGUUAUCAAGAUUGUCGAUGUUUCAUACGGUGGUGAAAAUGGGUUUAACCAAGCUAUUGAAUUAUCUGCAGAAACUUUAGCAAAUGUUAAAUUUGUCCAAGAAAAGAAAUUAUUAACAGAAUAUUUCGAUGAAAUUUCUCAAGAUACUGGUAAAUUCUGCUAUGGUAUCGAUGAUACAUUAAAGGCACUUGACUUGGGUGCUGUUGAAACUUUAAUUGUUUAUGAAAAUUUGGAAACCAUAAGAUAUACAUUUAAAGAUGCUGAAGAUAAAGAAAUCAUCAGAUUUGCUGAACCUAAUGCUACUGAUAAAUCUUAUGCCAUUGAUAAAGCUACCGGCCAAGAAAUGGAAGUCAUUGAAGAAAAACCUUUUGUUGAAUGGUUAGCCGAAAGUUAUAAGGAUUAUGGUGCUACUUUAGAGUUCAUCACCAACAAAUCCUCUGAAGGUGCACAAUUCGUUACUGGUUUUGGUGGCAUCGGUGGUAUUUUACGUUAUAAGGUGAACUUCGAACAAUUAAUUGAAGACUCAGAAGAUGAAUAUUACGAUGAUGAUGAUGAAGUGGAAUCUGAUUAUGAUUUCAUCUAG